GACCUUGGCCAAUGAGAGGGAUUCAGUGGCCUUUGAAGACGAGACAAAGUCGGGGAGGAGUGUUCCACAAACUGGGAUUCGACGAAAUCGAUCAAUGUGUUGUGAACAGCACCACCAUUUUGAACACCGUGUGGGAGGGCAGCAUCCCUGUCCCACCCCUUGAGCCACUGGACCAAUGACUACGGCCACCCUAGGGUUUACCACCGAGAACUCCCCCUCAAAAAGGACCUCACUCCGUUGGGGCGACGAUUGUCUCCAGAUUAAGCAGACACAUCUUGAUCGCUCUUGUUAAGUUUUCCUCCCUUUCGAAACUCCCAAUUCUCCCAUCUACCCUCAAUAAACUUUUUAAUCGUGGUCGGAAACGCCGUUCCGUGAUUGAAUUAUUCGCGCCCAACGUUUAGGACACCACUCGCACUCACUCGAACAAGGUUGUUGUUGUUGUUGGUUCAAUACAAUAGAAAUCACGUUUUUUCGUCUUCCCCGUUGUUCAAGUCGCUCUCAAGAUGAUCAACAUUGAAGGCAUCGUCUCGGUGGUCUUGUUCUACAUUCUCAUCUUGGCCGUGGGCAUGUGGGCUGCCAGAAAGAACUCCGGAGGAGAAGGAGACCAAGAGGAAGAAGUCAUGUUGGCUGGCCGCAAUAUUGGCAUGUUUGUGGGGAUCUUCACCAUGACAGCCACGUGGGUUGGCGGAGGUUACAUCAAUGGAACAGCAGAGGUCGUCUAUAGGGAUGGCCUGAUCUGGUGCCAAGCGCCCUUGGGAUAUGCCCUCAGUUUGGUUCUUGGAGGGAUUUUCUUCGCUCAUCGCAUGCGGAAAGAAGGUUAUGUGACCAUGUUGGACCCUCUUCAAGAAUGUCUGGGAGGAAGGAUGGGUGGCUUGCUCUUCAUUCCCGCUCUCUGUGGGGAAGUAUUUUGGUCCGCCGGGAUAUUAGCAGCUCUUGGUGCCACCCUCUCCAUUAUCAUAAAUAUGCAAUUGGACACGGCCGUGAUCCUCUCUGCAUUGAUUGCCGUACUCUACACGUGGAUCGGUGGCUUGUAUUCGGUGGCUUACACAGAUGUGGUCCAAUUGGGAUGCAUCUUCCUGGGACUCGUGAUUUGCAUCCCGUUUGCCUGGGUCAAUGAGUCGGUGAUUCCGAUCACGAUGGAUUCGCAAGAUUGGAUAGGUGAGAUCGGCGAAGGUCGAGGAUGGUAUUACAUGGACUACAUGCUUCUACUCACGUUUGGAGGAAUACCGUGGCAGGUUUAUUUCCAACGUGUUUUAUCCAGCAAGAGCGCCAGUGGAGCCGAAUUGUUGUCUUACAUUGCUGCAGUGGGAUGUGUCGUCAUGGCUGUGCCUCCAAUUCUCAUUGGAGCGAUCGCCAAAUCCACAAACUGGAACGAGACCGACUACCCCGGAACGAUCCCCAUUCCCCCCGAAGAUGUGAGGAUGAUCCUUCCCAUGGUUUUGCAAUAUCUUACCCCUAGUUACAUCUCCUUCUUCGGCUUGGGAGCGGUCUCUGCAGCCGUGAUGUCCUCUGCCGACUCCUCGGUCCUCUCCGCCUCUUCCAUGUUUGCUCGGAAUGUUUACCGACUUAUCUUCAGACAAGGAGCAUCCGAAACAGAGAUCAUGUGGGUGAUGAGGAUAUCCAUCUUUGUCGUUGGUGCCAUGGCUACCUCCAUGGCCUUGACCAUUCCCACCAUAUAUGGCCUCUGGGCCAUGUGCUCGGAUCUGGUGUAUGUCAUCUUGUUCCCUCAGCUCUUGAUUGUGGUCCACUUCAAGGAUUGGGUCAACACCUACGGAUCCUUGGUGGCCUAUUUGCUUGGCAUGUUCGUGCGUUUGGCGGGGGGAGAGUCACUCAUUGGUUUGCCACCUUUGAUUAAGUACCCCUUGUUUGAUGAGGAAAGUGGGGAACAAAUGUUUCCAUUCAGAACCCUGGCCAUGUGCCUCUCCAUGAUAUCCCUGCUUUCCAUCUCUGCGUUGACCAGGUAUUUGUUUCUGGUGAAGAAGAUCUCUCUGAAUUACGACUACUUUAGCUGCUUCACGCCCAUCCCCGAGACCGAGGAGCGGAUCCCGAUUCGACCCGACGGACCCGACUACAGCACUAGUGAUCGCAUCCCAAGACAAGAGAGUGUGGACAAGCCCAUCCGAAAGCCGGACCCGCCUCUCCGCGAGCUCCGUCGUCAGAUCUCAUUUGGAUCGUCCGGAUUCGGAUCCAUCAAGAAGAAAGGGACCACUGGAGGGGCGGAGGACCAUCACCAUCUGCCCGCGGUCCCGCCCCCUGUGGCCGAGGAAUCCAACUCGUUCAUUGAGGAUGGCGGUAAUGGGGACUCGGUGAGACGGAAGGACUCCUUAAAGAACAUCAAGCGGGACAUCAAGGGAGGGGUGAAGGAUAUCAAGGGCGAGGUCAUGGAUCGGGUCAAGCAUCUCCCGGAUGGAAAGCGAGGCUCCAUGGCCUCUUUGACGGAGAAGCCCCCGUACACACCCAUUGAGAAGCAGACCGAGUUCUAAUGAGUACGGAGAGCUCGAGACCAAAUGAUAUCGACUAAUGUACAAAGUGAGCAACUGAAAGUUGAAAAAAUGAAACCCCCGAACAAUUGCAUAAAUGAUGUUACUUAUCGUCGUCGUUCUACGUACUACAUACGCCAGAUAUACGUUAUCCAAAGUCAAUGUGUUGUUUACAUACAAACGAAGAAAACAGAAAUGUUUAAUGUUAUCUAUUUACUCGUUGCGCCUCAAAUGUUGUGUAAUAAAAAAUAAAUGUUCGUCCAAAAACCAA